AUGGGUUUAGUUGAACAAAUGCUAGAAGAUAGAAGUGUGCGGAAAGAAGCUCGUGUUAAAUCACGAAAGAACCCAACAGAAGACGAUGAUACGGUUAUUGAUGAUAAAUUAUCAAGAAAAAUUUUAAAACAAGCCAAGGCUCAACAGUUGGAAUUAGAAGAAGAACAUGGAAUCAAAAAGUUUGUAUCAUUAGGAGAUGGAUCUGAUGAUGAUGAUAAUGAUUCUGAUGAUAAUGCACCAUCUGAUAAUGAUGAUUUUUGUGAAGAAAUUAAAAUUAAUCCAGAUGAUGAAAAGGCUUUGGAAUUAUUUAUGUCUAAAAAUCCUCCAGUUCAACGUACUUUAGCAGAUAUAAUUAUGGAGAAACUGACAGAGAAACAAACAGAGAUAAAAUCACAGUUAUCACAGGGAUCUGAUUUACAUGUUGAGAAGAUAGACAAUAGAAUAACCAGAAUGUAUAAAUCUAUUAAACAAAUCUUAGUUAAAUAUCGUAGUGGUAAAUUACCUAAAGCUUUCAAAUUUAUACCUAAUUUACGUAAUUGGGAACAGAUCUUACAAAUAACAGAGCCUGAAAGUUGGUCAGCAGCUGCUAUGUAUCAAGCUACAAGAAUAUUUACAGCUAAUCUCAAAUCAAAAAUGGCACAAAGAUAUUUCAAUCUAAUAUUAUUACCUAGAAUACGAGAUGAUAUAGCUGAAUAUAACAGAUUAAAUUUUCAUUUGUAUUUAGCUAUCAGAAAAUCUUUAUUCAAACCAGCAGCAUUUUUUAAAGGAGUUUUAUUACCAUUAUGUGAAGCUGGUGAUUGUACAUUACGGGAAGCCAUUAUUAUGUCAUCUAUAUUAGCCAAGUGUUCUAUACCAAUGUUACAUUCAGCAGCGGCCAUCUUGAAAAUAGCAGAAAUGAAUUAUAAUGGAGCUAACAGUAUAUUUUUAAGGACAUUAUUUGAUAAGAAAUAUGCUCUACCAUAUAGAGUUGUAGAUGCUGUGGUACAUCAUUAUUUAGGAUUUCGAAGUGAUAAAAGAGAAUUACCUGUAUUGUGGCAUCAAUCAUUAUUAACAUUUGUACAGAGAUAUAAAGAAGAUAUAUCCACAGAACAAAAAGAAGCAUUAAUGGAAUUACUACGUUUACAUACACAUCAUCAAAUAACAGAUGAAAUACGUAGAGAGUUAUUAUUAUCUAAAUGUCGAGAUGUAGAAGAUGGGUCAUCUACUGUGAUGCAGAUCAACUGA